CGUGCGUAUGUUUGCGUGCGCGUGUGCGUUUAAAAUGAGCGAGUAGCAGAGAGAAGCGGGUGUGAGGAGUUCAGUGGGCGAAUCACCGACUGAAUCAUAUCAGCAAGAUGAAUUCUGGGACUGGUGUCUUUCUAAUGGCAUUAAAUGAGAAUAAGCAGGCGAUGUGAUGCGGGGAGGAGCUGCGCGGAGCCACUGAUGCCAUGCUGAACUUCAGAAGAGGAGCAGCUGAGAAAUAAAGAGAAAAGAUGGAUGACUGUCUUCAGAGGAGUCUAAGUGUUUUGGACCGCCUCCUCCUUACACACUCCAUCUGGCUUCAGCUUUCAAUCAACCCUGACUCCGCCCUCUGUGUCCUGCAGAGAGAGAUACCUGGGACUUUUCUGGUUUGUAAGUGUGCAGUCACUCAGAGAAAGGUGCUGUGUGUGAGGAUUCAGGAGAGCAAUGUGUGUGUUGCACAAUAUCCCAUCCGGGAGGAAGACUCCACAUUUUCUCUGGAGAGCUCAGCCCUAAGUUUUCCUGAUUUGUGCCGAUUAGUGGCCUUUUACUGCAUUAGCAGGGAUGUGUUGCCUUUCCCACUCGAGCUUCCUGAAGCUAUUACACAGGCCGCCAACCACACACAGCUAGAGAGUAUCUCACACCUUGGCUUGGAGUUCUGGAGUUCUCAGUCCCCCCCUGGCCCUCCUAAUGGCCCUCCCGCUGUCUCUGUGAACUGGCCAUCCAGGCUGCGAUCACCAUGUUUCAUCAACCCCCUUUUCCUGCAGCCUUCCCAGCCAAGUCGAGGAGCUUCACACAAACGUCACAGAUUAAAACGCAGUCUGCGAGUUCGUGUCUCUACAGAAUCAUCAUUCAGUCUGACUCCUGGAGACUCCGAGUGGAGCCAGGGUGACACGGAUGUGCUGAGGAGCAACGAGAGGACGGCUCGGAGGGCAGGGGGCCUGAGCAUGCUUAGAAGAACUGCUGCUUUGGCACCUACCUCAGAAGAAGAGGAUGAGCAGAUGCUGGGAGAGGUGCCUCCAACAUCAGCACCACAGCCAGAAAAGGCAGACCUACCACAAGAUGAGGGGCUCUGCUUAGCAUUGGAGCGACGUCAUGCUCCUUCUCUCGCUGAACUGGAUAGCAACAGUUCCUUCAGCAGCCUGGAAGAGGAAGACUCGCAGCCAGACUCAGCCCUGCAGUGGCCUCCCCUCGCACGGGGCACUCGUUUCCCUAUCGCCAAUCCAGCCUCCACCCUACGUCGUAUGAGUGCUGCAUUUGUCUGUGUGUUUGCUCCUGAGCGGCGUGUAGCCCGGCUGGUUGACGAGCUAUCCCGAGACAGGCGCUCUGCUUUUGGAUCACUGAUCCAGGAUUUCCUGCUAAAGCAAAAGGAAGAAAUGAAGGUGACAAGUUGGAGCUCUGCCGUGGAGCUGCUUCAGGGUUUGAGGAGGUUCCUUUCCCAGGCCAAGAGUCUGCUUCUGGAGGCUGGAGAACUGGAACCUCCCAUAGAGACCCUGGUGCCUGAGAAUGAGAAAGAGCUGGCUUUGGAGAAGGCAUUGUUUCUUUGUGUACUGAAACCACUAAAAGUUCAGCUGGGCCAGAUGCUGGUCUCACUUCACACACAGGAUGGCACUCUCCAGAGAUUUACUAACAGCCUGCAGGCCUGCCAGGAAGGAACACUACAGCGCCUUGGUGUACGUGUGGCUGUCCUUGAUGCUCAAGGUGUGGAAAGAGCAAAAAAAAAGCUCAAUUUAAUGCAGAGAAGCCACUCACCCAUAGACAAGGUGCUGCUUCUGCUGCAGGUGUGCAAGAGUGUGUACAAGGCCAUGGGUGCACAAGCUGAACAGGAAUUCAGCUCAGAGGAUUUCCUGCCCGCUCUGUCCUAUGUAGUGGUUCAAUGUAAUGUCCCACAACUUCUGCUGGAGACAGAAUACAUGAUGGAGCUACUGGAGUCCUCUUGGCUGUCAGGAGAAGGAGGGUACUACCUGACAAGCAUCUAUGCUAGCCUGUGCCUAAUCCAGAGCCAGCCUGGUACUCCAUGUCCUGGUGGUUUAACCAAUGAGGCCCAGGAGCAACUGAGAGAAUGGAGCAAGAGACGUUCCCAGGAGGCCAAACUCCAUAAAGAGAGCCAGCAGAAUCAGAGGUUUGUUCGUAUUCUUUUCCAGAAUACUGAGUGUUGUGCAACCCGUACUCUCCACUGGAAAGCAGGCGAGAGUGUGGAAGUGUUAACCCGAACCUGCGCAGAGGUGUUUGCCAUAAACGAGCCACAGCAUUAUUGUCUGUUCUGGAGGAACGGAGGGGAGAUGCAUCCUGUUCCUCUACACACACAGCCUCAUGAGCUGGCUGCCCCUACCCUAUCCUACCUCCGUAAAGAUCACGACUUCAGCAAGAUGCGCAGGCUGACCAGAGGCGGCGCUGUGGAUCUCGAGGAGUCUGCAUGUGAAGAGUAAGGACUUGACUGGUCUUUUGCUGGGCCUGUUUUCCAUAGUGAUUUGAUUCGAGUGACUGCAAAGAAGUUGUGUGAAUGUAUGUGUGUGUUACUGUUUACAAAAACUGAUGAUCAGGGUGGGUUGCACAACCACUGAAGAAAAAGGAAGUUCAUGACCGAAACAUGAAGUUUACGAAGGUUAAUGAGGAGUGAUGCUCGGUAAUAAUGCUUAAAGCAAUAGUUGCCAGUAAAGGGUUCAGGAACGAGCCUAUAGCCUACUUUUAAAUUAUCUGCUACACAGAAUAUAAAUACUGUAUUUGUAGUUCUAGUUGUCUUUAGGGUGUUUGCCAAGAUUCUCUGCCGAAUUUCAAUACCAAAGUGUUGAACAUGGUUUCUUUAUACAGCAUCUUUUUUAACCAUUGGAUGAGUAAAUAAGUAUAUAUAUGUAUAUUAUGUACAUUUACAUGUAUGCAUCUGAGAUGCCUUAAAUGUUAGUGAGUCAGUAAAAAAAAAAAUAGGCUCUUUCAGCUGUAUUGUAGUGCUUUGAGCUAUACAUAUAUAUUGAGAAUCUUUAAAAAAAAAAAAAAAAGCAAAUUUAAAAUAAAAAAUGAAAGCAUUUUCAGUCUUGUAAAUAGAUAUUAUGUUCCAGUGUUUUGAGGUUGUCUUUUGGUAUCUUUUUAAACAGUGAACUGGAAAAUCGUAAUAGUAAUUUAUUUUGAGCUCUAUUGUUUUGCUCAUUACUGCCCAAAUGAAAUAAUGUCAACCCUACAAAUUUGGGUAAAUUUGCUAAUUUGCAUUGACUUAGUGAUUGUAUUUGAAUUAUGUAAAUAGUCUCUAAGAUGAUACUGCUGAUUUUAUUUUUUGUCAUAGUGAAUUUUCCAGUCAAAGAUGUGGCUGGACUGUGCAGCUGUACUGUGUUGCAUUCGCUGAAUGUGCUUUAAUGGUAACACCCCAUGGUGCUUUAAGUGAUCACAUAAACAUGCUAAAUGGAUUGACUGGUUCUCGCUGUGUGAACUGACCGUCUUAUCCUGUUUUACUGGAUCUUGUGCAGAUGCUAAUGAGUUUGUAACACUUUAUUGCCAUGAUGUAUUGUAUGAACUUAUUCUAUUUAAGUGUUUAUUUAAUUUUAGCAAGAAAAAUAUUAACAAUCAGUGCAAAUGAACUUUAUAUUUGGAAUGAUGUGUUUAAAAUUUGUGAUUUCUGCAUGCAGGCAAUUAUAAUGAGGUGCCACCAAUGUCAUAUGCGCAUGUUUGAAUUGCUAAAGUGCAAAUCUUCGCUUUUUUUCUCCUCAUUGCACUGGUAUGAAUUUGCUGUAUUUUUCUUCAGUAACAAAUGAUAUUAAAUCUUUGUGGGUAAUAAGUGUUCAACACUGUUCCUUUCUUUCCUCGCGGCUAUUUCUGGGCAGUUUGUGGACACUUAGUACAGCUGUUUUGCAUUCAGAACAUGGACAGGCCCUAAUGUACUUUCAUUAACUGUGUAUCAUUCUUUAUUCUUGAUUGCCACCCUAGUGGAGAAUGAUGAUAGCCUGCUGGAGAGUAAUGCGGAAGCACAGAACAGCAGCUGCACAAAACAUGCUACGACUUGGUGAUGAUAUUGCCUAAGAAAAACUAAAGAUUGACACAGAUAAGCAAGUAUGUAAUACCUGUUAUAGUACAGCCACCCAAGUGAGUAACUGGGCAUUAUUGAGCUGAAGUUUGAGGUAUGUUAUAAGGCCAGUCAAACUUGGCUUGGGAUCUGUGGCUUUAAUCAUGUCUCUAGGGCAGGAUUCUUAUUUGUGAGUGAUGAUAUAGCCUAUAUGUAGAAUAUGAUGCAGAUAUACUGUAGAUAUUAGCUGAAGUCAUAUUAGUACUAACUUUAGUUCUGAAACUGGAACUACUGC